AUGGUUGUCAUCUACUUUCAGAGAGCUAAACUAGAACACACUGUCCGCAACUUCUUUGCAGCUUUAUAUCUUGCAAACCAAAUGGAAGAAGAUGCAUAUCACCAUCUCUCUAUCCUUAAUUUUACUCGCUACUCCACCUUUCAUGAUGACGUGAAGAAGAUCUUCAGGAGGAUGAACUUCAGAGCAUGGGUCAGGCCUGAGGAAUGCCAGCAAGUAAUGAAAAAUCUUCACCAUCGUGUCUGGGAACGAGAGAGGAAGGAGCACCACGGUGAGGCUGUGAAAAGGCAACGAAGAGAGCUGAGACUCCUCAGACCAGGCACAGACUACAUCUGUGAGAGGUGUAAGUUGAGGGAGAACUCAGUGGAGGUGCCGGUUCUCUGCAGGUCUAUGCUCUGUGUGCUUUUUGGGAUGUCCUGCAUCUCAAUAUAA